UGAAUCUGUGACAGAGAGCAGAACGAUACGACAUGGGCUAUAGCUCCACUUCCUCGCAGGUCCUUUAAGCAGCGCGUGCUGAUCGGCCAGUGGGACGGUUCAGUUUGGUGCAUGUCGGCCCACGCGAGAAAGCGUCGAGAGUGAAGUUGCACCGCCCGCCCCGGAGGUUAGGAGAUAAAAGCCCUGAAAGUGAUUGGAAGUGAUGGUGAAAAGGAUUUAGCCCAGGCAUUAAGAGAGAGAGAGAAGGGUUUGUGAGUACAUAAGAGGGAGAGAAGGGUAAGUGAGUACAUAAGAGAGAGAGAGAGAGGGACUGGGAGUAGACGAGAGAGAGAUUUUCCACCAAGCUUUUUUCUGCCCUUGAGCAUCCUGGGUAAACCCGAGCUUGUAAAGUGGGAGGAGAAGAAACGGGCACCAGCCCUUCCUCAAAGUCAAUAUUUGCACUUUUGAUUCUCCUUCAAGCUGGAAAUCACGCUCUUUUUCCCCAACCGCCCGUUUCCAGAUCUAGGACACCGUUCUACUCUGUGCAGCCUUCCGCGGUGUAGUAAAAAAGUUACCCGCUGGAGAAGACCAACAAGGAGACCAGACCAGAUAACAGGAGUGGAGUACAGUAGCCUACACCUCGACAGGAGCCCGAUAGUGUAGAUGGAGCCGUGAAAGGCUCACGGCAGAGAGGCGGUCGUAUAAAGGGACAGAGAAGCUCUCCCGGAUCAGAUGAAUGUUCUAAGACAAUCACUGAGGCAAGGCUCCGGGCCGCUGCAUCACAACCUGAUGGCUGUAUCUAAAGACGUAGUCCACUCUCCCUUAUCAUCCCUAGUGGGCAGCUCUCACCUCUCCCAGGCGAAAAGGACCUCUGAAGUAUGGAUUUGUUCUGCUGAUUCUCCAACCACCACCCCCACCACCGCAAAUGCAGCGCUGGCGCCACUAUGGUUGAAGUAGAUAUGAAGUUUCUCUGACUUUCGACGCCCCCUGCUCUAUUAUUUGUCACUUUUCCAUAUCCGACAACGAAACAAGUUAGUGUAAUUUCCUAAAGGAGCUGUGACUAUUUGUAGGGCCACGUUUGUUGAACGGCUGUAAAUUGACUUAGCCAACUCAGACACUUUUGUUUCUCUUGCGUUUUGUAUUCUUUCCAUCAUCCCCAAAACGUCCCCUUAAGCUCAGGUGAGCGUGCAGACGCAUCUUGGUGACAACGAAGUUACUUACUGUGUCCAUAUGAUCCUCAGUCGAGUUCCAUGCUCUUCGCCUCAACUCUGACUACUGUGGCCCCCCUCGCCCUUUUCCGCCAGACCCCACUCGUCCUCGGACCACUCUCGUGCCAUGCUCCGCCAGGCCGUGUUGCUCCUCCUGCACUGCUUUGCCUCCUUGACGCUGGGCCAGUACGACCUGUGCAAGUCUCUGGUGAGCACGGACGAUGGCGCAGUGUGGGAGCAGUAUGCAUGCCAGCCCAAGGCCCAGUCCAUGAAGGACUACAUGCGGGUGAAGGUGGACCCGCCGGGCAUCACCUGCGGCAACCCGCCCGAGAGAUUCUGCACUCUGGAGAACCCGUACCUGUGCAGUGACGAGUGUGACGCCUCCAACCCGGACCUGGCCCACCCUCCUCAGCUGAUGCAGGACCGUGAGCACACCGGCCGCAUCACCUACUGGCAGACAGUCACAUGGGCCCGUUAUCCAGAACCCCUCUUGGCCAACAUCUCCCUAGCCUGGAACAAGAGCCUGGAGCUGACGGACGACAUCGCCAUUACCUUUGAGUACGGCCGCCCCACCUUAAUGGUGCUGGACAAGUCCAUGGACCACGGCCGCACCUGGCAGCCCUACCAGUUCUACGCUGACGAUUGUCUCGAGUCCUUUAACAUGGCACCAAAGCGUGUCCCCGACCUAUCGCCUGCAAAUAUUACCCUUGUCAUCUGCACCGAGCAGUUCUCACGCUGGGUGGGAUCGAAGAACGAUAAGAACGUAAAGUUCGAGGUUCGGGAGCGUUUUGCAGUGUUCGCCGGGCCUAGGUUGCUCAACAUGGACAGCUUGUACACCCGUAUGGAGAGUAUGAAGGGCCUGAGGGAAUUCUUUACCUUCACUAACCUCAGGCUGAGGCUGCUCAGACCGGCCCUGGGGGGAACCUACAUGCAGAGGGACAACCUGCUCAAGUACUUUUACGCCAUCUCCAACAUCGAGGUGCCCGCAAGGUGUAAGUGUAACCUGCAUUCGUCGCUGUGCCUGCUGCAAGAGGGGAACCUCCAGUGUCAGUGUGAACACAACACCACGGGACAGGACUGUCAGCGCUGCAAGAAGGGCUUCAAGGCCAAGUCUUGGAAAGCUGGCUCCUACCUGCCCACACCCAACGGAUCUCCCAACACCUGUGCAAUCGCUGGUGCCCCCACAGGCGGUGGUUCUAAACUGUCAGAAACUUUGCCUUUGACCACCACAACCACUACUUCAGCCCCCACUACAACCUCCAUAAGUGAAAGUGAACCUGAAACUACAACCGUAUUCCCCACUACCACACCAGAACCAGACCUGACCACAACCGCUACUCAAGAAGCUUCUUCUACUACUACUCAGGAAGAGCCCAUCCUUUCAACCGAGGCCCCAACCGACACCACCACCACUCCCCCAACAGAGCCCCCUGUUACGGACCCUGAGCCUCCCCUCAUUUACACCAUCACCCCCACCGAUUCCCCUCCACCACCUCCACUUAUAGAGGAAAAACGUACAACUUCCAUCUACAUUACCACAGAGGCCACGCCCCCUACAACCACCCCUCAGUCUAUCACAGAAGAGUCCACAUCCCCUCCACCGAUCAUGGAGGAGCUCACGUCACUGUUCCUGACCGAGAGCACUGCCCCUGUUACAACACCGCCCCCAACGGAGCUGCCUAAGCCAAUGGUUGUAGAGAGUGAAGAAGUGUGCCUGUCUGUCCGGUGUGGCAAUAAAGUGAGAAUGUUCCAUAUUUACAACUUGUUUCCCACAUGCCUUGACAUAUUAGUCAUUCCUAUUUUAAAGGUUAGAUACCCCUUAGAGCUCUUUGAAAAUAACAAUAUUUUUGCACAUACUUCUUUUGGAGGUUGCAAUGUUUUUUGUACAGAUGCUAAUAGGGAAGUGGCAGAAGAUGCAGGAGAGACUGAGAUGCCCUCUGAAAAGGAGGGUGAGGAAGAAGAGAUGAAGGAGAAAGAGAGGGGGGAAGAGACUGAAGAAGUCACCUCCAAACCUGCUGAAGCAGAGGACAAUGCGAAGAGUGAUACUCCCUCUAAGAUAGGACUAAAGAAAGAGGGUGUGGAGGAGAAAGAGGGAAUGGAGAAGAAAGAGGAAAAGACUGAAGAAGUCACCCAAAAGCCUGAAGCAGUGGACUCUGGGAAAAGAGAAAAGCCCUCUGGCAAAGAUGAGCGGAUGGUGGAGAAAAAGGAAAAGAAAGAGACGACAACAGAGAAGGAGAGAAAUAAAGUUCCCCCCCAACCUGAGGCAGAGGGCCCUGGAGAGAGUGAGAGCCCCUCUGAGGGAGAAGGAAAGAAGGAGGAAGUGGUAAAGAAGGAGAUUGAGGCAGAAGCCCCUCCAAUGCCUGAAGUGGAGGGGAUGGGUGGAACACAGGAGACCGGGAAACCCUCUGAGAAAGAGGUAGAGAAAGAGGAGGGGAGGGAGGAGGACACAGGAAAAAAGACUGAAGAGGAAGUUCGCGAAUCACCUGAGUGGGGAAGCUUGGGUCAGGAGACCUUGGAGCCCCCUGAGAGAGAAGAAGAGAAGAAGAAGUGGGAGGAUGAAGAGAGUGAAGAGGAGAGAGAGUAUGCAAAGAAGAAAGGGAUUCUCAAGCUCUUGAUCUCAGGAGGAGAGCCCCAGGCCAGACAGUUGUAUGGGAUCAUAUAUGAUGAUUUCAAAGACUGUGAGUGCUACGGCCACUCUAACCGCUGCAGCUACAUAGACUACCUGAACAUCGUAACGUGUGUCAGCUGCAAGCACAAUACAAGAGGACAGAACUGCCAGCACUGCAGACUGGGCUACUUCAGAAAUAACUCAGCUGAACUGGAUGAUGAGGGUGUCUGCAUCGAGUGUAACUGUAACCAGAUGGGUUCUGUCCAUGACCGGUGUAAUGGGACAGGCUUCUGCCAGUGUAAAGAUGGCACUACGGGGCCCAAGUGUGACGACUGUUUCCCUGGGUACUACUGGAAACAAGGCUGUUACUCUAAUGUGUGUGACGAGGAGCUGCUCCUGUGCCAGAAUGGUGGGACGUGCUCCCAGAACCAGAAGUGUAUCUGUCCUCCAGAGUUUAAGGGUGUGCUGUGCCAACAGUCCCGCUGCGAUGGGGGCAAGGCCUGCAACACCGCCUCCACCCUCCACCUCCUGGCCCUCGUCCCCCUACUGCUCUGCGUCCUGCUACCACACCUUUUGGCCACAUUAACUGCACACUGAGUCACCUACUGCCUCCUCAAAUACAGGGGUAACUGUUGUGUGUGUGGGCAACCCCAGAGAGGGAAGAGUGGGAAAGGCCUGCUAGCUGGCCAAGGACCCUAUGAGCACACAAACAUCACAAGACUGUUACUGACUCGGGGAACCCCCCCUGUUGUGAAAGUAAAAUGACACUUCAGAGGAAGACUGAGGAAAAUCAAGACAACCAACCCACUGUCUCUCCCUUUAUACGAGAGACCUGGAGAAAUCGCAUACCAAAAAGCAUUAUUAUUACUAUUAAACAAGCAAAUGAGAAUCAUUACUGUUCACUAUGAAGAAGAAGGGAGGGAGGAAAUGGCUGAUGUAAAACAAUGACGUUUCCUUUGUCUUUAUUGAUUUGAGUUAAUGCACCCCACUUCUCUUGAGACACUGCACUUACUGCUGCGGAAAGAAAGACAGGGAUUGUUUGACUAGACAUGGGUGGGGAGCUAGAGGGAGGGGGAGGGCUAGGUCGUGAUUCGCUGCUGAGGACUACUUAGAAUAUUAACCAGGUUCCACGACUUCGACUCGAAAACAGACUUGUUUUUACCUUUUUCCUUUUUCUGCUGCUGUUUUUUAUUUCAGCAUCUUUUUCUGUCAUUAAUGUAUCUUAUGGGCCCACCGACAGACUGAGAUGAUACAUUUAAUUAUUACAAUAUCCAGAGGUUUAUCAAUAUUAAGAUUUUAGUCACUAUUACGGUCAUUAUAGGAAUGAGUGUUGCCACCAUUUAGCAAGAUUUAAUCUUCACACAGUAUUCAGGAAUAAAACAAUCUAACUUAUCAACAGUCUAAAAAGAGAGAAAGGGGGAGAAAGUAUCAAUAUUAUUAGUCAUUAUUUGAAUAUUUUUUGUGGAGAUUCUUUUUGUUUAGUUAUUAUACAUUAACUAUUCCAGAGGAGCAUUUUAUUACACUGUAAGCUUUACAGUAAAUGUGAAUUAUUUACCUGUG